UUCAUUUUUUUUCGUUUUCUCAUUUCGAAUGGGAAACCGAGUCGCAAAAGCUGGUCGCUGUUUCUGCACCGCCGGAGAAAUAUCCCAGCGACACGACAACUCCGUCGGCGUACCGGACCCACUCGACGAGGGUUUUGGCCAUUCGUUUUGCUACUUCCGGCCGGACUCCGAAACGUCGUCCUCGAAGGUUUCGUCGGAGGACCCGAACCCGCCGCCGACGACAUUCCGAUCAAUCUCCGGAGCCUCAGUCAGUGCCAACGCAUUCACCCCUCUCUCCACUUCUCUCUGCGAUCUCUAUCCGUACAGCGCCGGCUGCGACCGAGCGGCGAGGUUCGAGAGCUCGACCUCGUUCGCUUCCAUACCUCUGCAGCCGGUGCCCCGGAAGUCGUAUCAGGGAGUUGCGAGUUCGGGUCCGAUCGAGAGAGGGUUCUUAUCGGGCCCCAUAGAGCGAGGGUACUUAUCGGGUCCGAUUGAUCGUGGGCUGUAUUCGGGUCCGAUUGAGAAAGAGUGCGAGAGAUUAGAGAGAAGUCUCUCAUUUGGGAUUGAAACCAAACCCAAAAGAAGGGGCUUGAUGAAGAUUAUAAGAAGAGCGAUUUCAAGUGCUGUGAGUCGUGGGCAGAAAUCGAGUGUUGCGCCGGUGAAAGGAGGCAUAUCGGUCAAAGAAUCGGAUUCGGAGAAGAUGGGUGGUGGGAAUGCGACUCCGAGUAGCACUAAUUUGAGCAGCCAUGUGAGUUUGAGCAAUGAGAAUGAAGAUUGCAGUGGAGAUUACUCAAUGGGGAGCCAAAAUCUUCAUUGGGCGCAAGGGAAAGCGGGUGAGGAUCGAGUUCAUGUUGUGGUUUCAGAGGAGCAUGGCUGGGUUUUUGUGGGAAUUUAUGAUGGGUUUAAUGGCCCUGAUGCCCCUGAUUAUUUACUUUCUAAUCUUUACUCUGCUGUGCACAAGGAACUCAAAGGGUUGCUCUGGAAUGACAAGUUCGAAAUGGAAAUGGAAACCGAAUCAUCGGCAGCAAAAUCAUCGAAUUCGUACCUGGAUUCGGGUUCCUUAAAGGAAAUUGAUCGG